CUGGGCUCGGGCCGAGCCGGGGUCCCUGUGCCCGCCCCCGUCCCCGCCGCGAGGGUGCCCUAGAGGCCCCGGGGACUCGGGGUGUUGCUGCCGGCGCGUCGCGCCAGGGCGGAGUCCGGGGCCCGCGACUGAGAACUGGAUACUUGUCCAUGGGCUUCUGGUCAUGCUGUGAGGCGGGACGGCUUCUGGUGUCCUGUUCAGAAGGAUUCUGAGGUCAAACGCUUUUCAGACUCAGACUCACUACGAUGUGGGAUUCCAGAGCAACGCGGUUUUGAAGAAACAAGCUUACAGGGCUUGCCGCCACGACGGGCUGCCUCAUCUGACACGAGUCGCUCUUCCUGGAACCCUGCCUGGGAAGGGUGUCGUCUGGUCGGGAGUGGAGGCCCGGGGCGAGGCCACCCGUUUCCCCGCCGCGUGGGACCUGUGCGUCCGUCCUCGCUCGCUCGCAGCUCCCGGCUGCAUGGCCCACGUGUUCGUGUACGGGACCCUGAAGACGGGCCAGCCCAACCACCGGGUCCUGCUGGAGAGCGCCCACGGUCGCGCGGCCUUCCGGGGCUGGGGUCGCACGGUCGAGCCGUACCCGCUGGUGAUCGCGGGGCAGCGCAACAUCCCGUGGCUGCUGAACCUGCCGGGCCAGGGGCGCCGAGUGGCUGGGGAGGUCUACGCCGUGGACGAGCAGAUGCUGCGCUUUCUGGACGAGUUCGAAGGCUGCCCGGACAUGUACCAGCGCACCCGGGUGACAGUCGCUGUUGAGGGGGCGGGCGGGACCCUACAGUGCUUCGUGUACAGCACGGCCACCUACCCGCCCGAGUGGGUCCACCUCCCGUACCACGACGAUUACGACUCACAGGGGGAGCACGGGCUUCGCUAUAGUCCGCGGGAAAGCAGAUGAGAAGUGCGAGGGGAACGGCCGCCCGAGGACCGAGAGCCUGGUGGUUGGAAGAUGGCCUCACUGGUCCGCACUCACUGAAUGCAAAAGCCCGAGAACACCCUUUGAAACAAACAUUUAUAAAUCUCUAUGGGGGGUGGGGGGGUGGGGCAGCCGAUUUCCCAAAUAAUUUUGACAUGACUAAUAACAAGAUUGUUUCCUGAAAUCUGUCUUGCUGAUGCUGCUUUAUUGCUUGCUGCUUAAAGAGCAUCAUGGGCUUGAACGUACUGGAUGAGAAAAACUCAGAAUUUUAAUUCCCCUAAAUGACAUUUUGAAAACUCAUGUUAUGCUUUUAUUAUGUUGGUGUUUUUUGUUUUUUCCUUUGCUUUGCUUUAGUUUGAAGAUAACAUUUAAAAUGAAUAUAAAGACUUUGUGUGGCAGCUAGAUUUUAACAGCCCUGCUCUAUCAGUUCUGUCUGACCUGUAGCACUGAGAAAUUUUUUUAAAGUUGAUUUUAGACGUCUCAAUGUAAUAAAAGAACCUCAAGAAAAACACGCUGUAUUUUAGAGUACUUCUGAAUAUAUAUAACAUCAUUCUUCAUAAUUUUCAGAUCAGGCUUAUUACAGAGAUUAUUAAAGAUCAUUUAAGGUUAAACUAGAUGUUUUGGGAAAUCAAAUAUAAAAGCAUUGGUGCUAUUGUUGGCCCUCUUUUUAAGUCUCCUUAUUUGGUAGAAGGUUCUUUUCAUUCUCAUCUAGCAAAAUAGCAAGCGCCCACUUGCUGGCAGAGCAGCUGAACAGCCCAGUUUCAGACGGAAGCUCACGGGAGCGCAGGGCAAGGCGCGGUCCCUGCCCCCACAAGUGAGCAGCGUUUGGGGGCGGGCCUUUUGGAGAAGAACCAACACAUUAGUAAUUUGUUUUUCAGGCCUGACAGAAAGCUUCGCUUCCAAAUACAAACAGCACCUAAAAUAAUUUUAGCAAGGCACGAAGUACCAAUUACUACCCACCUCCAUCUGAUAAUCUGUCAGGGUUAGAGUCAAAUCAGCGUAGGACUCUGCCUCUACUUCCUUACCAGCAAAGUACGAAAUGUAUUCUGCGAAUUUCAGAGCCAGGUGAAAACGCAGCGGCUGGUUCCGAGUUAAGCUCGUUCUCCACUGGGAGAGCUCACUCGCUCUUCAACUUAACGGUAGACUGUGAUCUGUAACUGCAUCUGCCACAAAAGCAUGACCGUGAUUUUUAGCCCUUUUUUCUUAAUUGGAAACUUGCUUCACAAAAACACAGAAAGGCGAGUAUGGGUGUCAGCUGAUGAGUUGUGGCAGCCCCGCCCACCACCACUGGGCCAGGGGAGCCCCGAGUGGUACCCGCACCGGUGCCCUGGGACGGGGAAGGGGGUCGCCCCUGGGGACUGGGGGUCCACACUCACCGUUAGAGCCACACAGGAGGGAUUUCCAGGACCAUCAUCUGCGCUGUCUGGGCUUCGGGAGGUUAUGAACGACCAGAAGCAGGAGUUAGGUCCUCAAGCAGGAUGAAGCAGGUAAUCAGGUUACAAAGUGGCAAAUGCUAACAACGAAACUGAGGGCCAAGAACUGGGAUUUAUAUAAAUUUUUAAAAAGGAUCCUGAUGAAACACUAGUAUUUAAAGUCUACUGGCACAGCCCAUAGCCUCUUAUGUAUAUUGUCUUCAUUCAAAAAAAGGGCAAACUAAUAUUUAGACAAAUGUUCAGUUUUAUUGAUUUAAUUUUGACACUAGGAAAUCUCACAGCAGAAGUACAAAUCUUUUUUUUUUUGGUUUUUUUUGCGGUAUGCGGGCCUCUCACUGUUGUGGCCUCUCCCGCUGCGGAGCACAGGCUCCGGACGCGCAGGCUCAGUGGCCAUGGCUCACGGGCCCAGACGCUCCGCGGCAUGUGGGACCUUCCCAGACUGGGGCACGAACCUGCGUCCCCUGCAUCGGCAGGCAGACUCUCAACCACUGCGCUGCCAGGGAAGCCCAGAAGUACAAAUCUUAUGUACAAGUAUUUAUAUAUCAGUAAAAAUUUCCAUUGGUGAUUUUUUGGCAGAAUGUUGGUCUUGACUAUAUGUGGAAUAAAUAUGACCAUGUAAAAUCUGCUACACAGGGGUGUUCCUGCAAAACGCUUGAAUAAAUUGAGUGUGAAAUAACAAUAAUACGAAUGGCUAAUUAAAUCGGGUGAUGACUGAAAGGCUAUAAAUACUUCAUUCCAGUUCCACUAGCAGAUCUCCUUCUCCAACUGUGUCUCCAGCU